AUGCAACCAUAUUCAAGGAAUGGAGGGACUAGAAAAUGUUUCUAUGAAUUUCAAUUAUUAACUGCUUGUUUUACAUCCAGUGAUACAUCCAGUAAAAAACAAUGUGUUCCAGCGUAUGAAGAUUAUAAUGAAUGUUUACAUGGUAAUAAAGAAAGAGAAAAAGUUAGAACAAUGUUACAACAAUUGCAAAAGAAUAAGGAAUCAAAAGAUGGUGGUGUUACAGCUGAAGAAUUAUAUAAAAAAUCAAAUAAAAUUUAUGAAAAUUUGGAUUUAUUAAAUAAAAACUAA